AUGACUACGCCGGAACCCGACAAGAUGCAAGCCGUCAAACUCGACGACGGCCCGAACAAGCCCGCAGACCAGAGCGGGCAGGGCCCCAAGGAUGACGGCCUCAGCUCCCCCAAGCCCCAGCUCCUCGAGGUUUCUCCAGCCCCAAGCCCUAAACCUUCUCCCAGCGUGAAGACCGUCCCACUGCCCAGUGAUGAUGCAGAUGAGCAUGCCUCGUUCGGCUUCAGGCCUCGCGGGAAGGUCACCCACGGAACAGCUGGGAAACCUGUUAAGAAAUGA